AUGUUCACUUUCGCUGCCUUCUGCUACAUGCUUUCCCUUGUCCUCUGCGCUUCCUUGAUCUUCUUCGCAAUUUGGCAUAUAACAGCCUUUGAUGAGCUCCAAGAAGACUUUAAAGUGCCAAUCGAUCAGGGCAAUCCACUCCAUGCGCGUGAAAGGCUCCGGAACAUCGAGAGGAUCUGCAACCUUCUGCGAAAGUUGGUGCUUCCAGAAUAUUCCAUCCAUGGCCUGUUCUGUAUCAUGUUCUUGUGUGCUCAGGAGUGGCUAACCGUAGGCCUCAACAUCCCUUUGCUCUUCUACAACAUAUGGAGGUACUUCCACAGCCCAACCGACACCAAGGAGCUCCUCUACGACCCUGCAUCUGUCAUGAACGGGGACACUCUCAAGUUUUGCCAGAAAGAGGCUUGGUGCAAGAUGUCCUUCUUCGUUCUGUCCUUCUUCUACUAUCUCUACUGUAUGAUCUACUCCUUGGUAACCUCAUAA